CUCAACAUUCACAUACAUAGCUAAUUCAUCUGAAUUAGAAUAAUAUGCCCUUCAAAGCCUUCCUGUUUGGCUGUUUAAAGGCCAAGAAUAAGGACCCAUCCUCUGAUCCAGCUCCAGUCACCAGAAAGACACCUUCAAGGAGACUAUCCCUCUCUGAUUUGAGCAAUGUUUCUUCAAUCUCUAUCAUAAGUGAUCUAUCCAACUCUGUUCUCGGAUCAAAUCUUCAUGCUUUCACUUUCAAAGAGCUCCAAGAGAUCACUAACAACUUCAGCAGAAGCAGCGUUCUUGGAGAAGGUGGGUUCGGCAAGGUGUAUAAAGGCUUCAUUGAUGACAAGCUUAGGCCUGGAUUAAAACCUCAAGUUGUGGCAGUUAAGGUGUUAGACUUGGACGGGAAACAAGGCCAUAGAGAGUGGUUGGCUGAAGUAAUAUUUCUGGGGCAAUUGAAGCAUCCCAAUCUGGUGAACCUAAUUGGGUAUUGCUGCAAAGACGAGAACAGGCUACUGGUAUACGAAUACAUGGAAAGAGGCAAUUUAGAGGACAAGCUUUUUAAAGGCUAUUCAGCGGCCUUGCCAUGGUUAACAAGAAUCAAAAUCGCAAUUGGAGCAGCAAAAGGUCUUGCUUUUCUUCACGAAGAAGAGAAACCGGUUAUAUACAGAGAUGUUAAAGCCUCAAACAUACUAUUAGAUGCCGGCUACAAUGCUAAGCUGUCUGAUUUUGGGCUAGCGAUAGAUGGUCCAGAGGAAGAUCAGAGCCAUAUCACAACUCGAGUUAUGGGUACCCACGGCUAUGCUGCUCCGGAGUAUAUCAUGACAGGACAUUUGACAACCAUGAGCGAUGUAUACAGCUAUGGGGUGGUUCUCUUAGAGCUACUUACAGGAAAGAGAUCAGUGGACGGUAAUCGACCUUCGAGAGAGCAGGAUUUGGUAGUAUGGGCCAGACCUCUUCUGAAAGAUGCCCAGAAACUUCAAAGAAUAAUGGAUCCAAGACUGGAGGGUCAAUACUCCAUUGAAGGAGCUAGGAAGGUGGCUGCUUUGGUUCACCAAUGUCUGAGUCAUCAGGCCAAGACUCGACCAUCAAUGCGCACAGUGGUCAAGUCACUAGAGCCUAUAAUGAACCUCGCUGACAUUCCACCAGGCCAUUUUGUCUAUGUCGUUCCAAAUGAGAGUGAAAUUGAAGGUUGGGUACCAAUUGAUAUUGAAAAACGAGUAGAGGAUGAGAACAAGGAGAAGAAGGCGGGGACGCAGAAGGGCCGGCCAAGGAAUCGGAAAAAUCGAAGACGUAAACGACAGAUUAAGCCACUGAAGUCUCGUGCCGUUUACACCGAUACGACGUUGUAUAAAACUCUUGGUACUAGUUUGUACUUUGUACACUCAAAUUAGUGAAAUGAAUUGAUCUUUAAUCUUCUCUUGUUUUCGUUGUAAGUAAAAGAUCGGCAAAGAAAUAGAAUAGAAUAAGAAGAUAGAGAAAGAGAAUGUGAUGAUACGAAGACGUAUGUUUGCUUGUUUUAUUUAAAUUUCCAUUAAUUGAUGUAAAUAUAAAAUUAUUAUAAACCUAUAUCAUACCUUUUUU